AUGGCGCGAAAUGGGCGCUCAGCGAAAUGUUCGUACUGGUCCCGUCGCAUGUCCGCCACUGUGGGCCUGGGCCACGUCAGCGGACUGGGCGGCGACCUUGCCCAGAGCUUCGGGAAUGCCACGGCCAUGAAUUCGCUGGUGACUAGUUUCAGGAUGAAGCAGGCGCAGGAUUGCAUGCGGCUGCUGCCCACGCCGGGCUUUGAGCUGCCCAAAGCCGACAGCUACCCGGCGGAGGCACGGGUCCUGGCCUUCCACGUGGGCCACGACUCCAACAUGGCCAUGAGUAUCGGCGGGCGGGUGCAGUGCGUUCUGGAGCUGGAACGCCUCUUUGGUGAGCGCUACUUCCACCUCACAGGCUAUGGCGCGAUUUCUAGCGGGAAGUUUCGAGACAGAUAUCAAGAGCUGUUCCGCGCCGCCUUGCAGAUCUUCCACCAAAGGUGCGAGUGUGAUGAUGGCCUGCCGUGCCCAACGACCUUCGACUACGGAGUUAUGGUUGAACCGCAUCACAUGUUCGACACUCCAGCCCUGGUCGAAGAGAAGUUCAAAGUGAAGCGGUGGCGAUGGGUGCACCAUCACGAGGCCCACGCUUUGUUCGGAUUCCUUAGCUCGCCCUUCAGCAAGGCCUUGGUUGUCUCCUAUGAUGGGGGCGGCGACGACGGGCUUUACAACGUCUUCUAUGGCACUGGACACACGGUGCAGCGCAUAGGGCGCCUCACCGCAAACUUUGCAGGCGCAUACAACAGCAUCACCCACUUGCUCACAGAGAUCUUUGAUGAGGGGAAAAUGGUGCUCGAUUGGCUAUGCGGCAGACUGGAAGAGGAGACAGGCGAGUGGAUGAAGCUGAACAUCAACCGUGCGUCGAGCUUGAUGCUGGGCGACGCGGGGAAGAUCAUGGGCUACGCCGCCUUCGCGGAGAAGUCCACGCCGACCAUCCGAAGGGCCAUGAAGAUGCAUCUGGACAGCGUCCUAGGAGACGCCAGCCUGGAUCCUGCUGAGCGCAACGCCACACGGAGAAGUCAGGUGCCGAGGGAGAUGGUGGAGCUCGCCUGUGCCAGCAAGACGAACCAGGACAUGCUGGCGGCAGAGCUUCAGCGGCAAUGGCAGGGAAGGAGUUUGGAACUCAUCAAGCAGUUCCUUCAUCGCUUGGCUGAGUACGAGGUGGAUGGCGUAGUGCUGAUGGGGGGCUGCGCUCUGAACGUGCAGGCGAAUCAGUUCAUCGCAGACUCACUGGGCAUGGAGGUCUAUGUGCCCGUGGCCCCCAGCGACUGCGGCAUCUCCCUGGGGGGCCUCUUUGCAGUGGCACCUCCGAAAGUGCCGCAGCAGCUGCAGUACAUGGGCUUCCGACUCUGGGACCAGGUUUCCUGCUACUCAAGCCGAGCCCCUCCGACGGUAACGCUGAUGGAGCGCUUGGUCAAGCUGGUGGUGCCCUAUUUGAGGGGCAAUGAAGUGGCUGUCCAGGAGACAGUGGCUUCCAAGUGGCGGAAGGCGAUUGAGGACCUGAACCCCUGGGAGGAGUGCUGCAACGCGGAGCUGCGGGAGCCUCUGGAGAACGGGGGCGGCAAAACGAUUCCGUGGCCCGAGCGGGACGAAGAGGAGAGCGGCAAGGAGUAUUAUGAACGGCUUCAUGACUUGGUCAUGAUGCUGGUGAAGUUCGAUAUGCGAGAGUGCGACAAGUGCCAAGAGUGGGUUGGCGUGACGGAAGAGACCCUACUCUGCGAGUGGUGCCAUGGGUUCUGGUGCGAAGUCUGCGCCUGCCCUGGCCCAAGCAAGCGAGAUGUGUCCUGCGAGGAAUGCCCGGACUGGAGCAAGGAAUGCUGCUUCCAGUGCUUCGCAGAAGGCAAGACGCUCCAUUGCAUGUGCUCCGGCACCGACAGCUGGCACAACGCUUGCGGCCGCCAUGCGAAAGAAUGUCAGGCAUGCCAACGCCUCGUUUGCGCUGGCUGUCAUGACAUGCACUCCUAUAGCGGCUGCAAAGGGGAGGACGCUGAGGAGGAACCCGAGGACGAGGAGGAACUCGAGGACGAGGAGGAACUGCAAAACGAUGAAAUCGAGGAAUGA